AGAAGCUUACUAUGACUGAUUUGUCUAUGCCAAUGCUCAAGCGUGAUGUUAUGCCUGCUGAGGGUAUGACGGUCGAACGUACUUAUGUCGACGAAGAAUCAUUGCCAUUUCCCGAUAAAUCGCUUGAUGCGGUCGUCUCGAAUCUCUCUAUGCAUUGGAUCAAUGACUUACCUUCUACACUCCUCCAAAUCAAAGGCUGCCUCAAGCCUGAUGGAGCCUUCAUUGGCAGUUUAUUUGGUGGCGACACGUUGUUUGAGCUACGCACAGCAUUACAGCUGGCAGAACUCGAACGAUCCGGCGGUAUUUCCCCACGCGUGUCUCCCAUGACGGAUGUCAAGGAUGUAGGCUCACUCUUGAAUAAAGCCGGCUUCAAGCUCACCACCGUUGAUGUGGAUGACAUUGUUGUCGAGUACCCUGAUAUUUUUGCACUUAUGCAAGAUUUACAAGCGAUGGGUGAGACGAAUGCAAUCUUGCAGCGCAGACAGGGUCCCAUUUCACGAGACUUACUCAUGGCAGCUGAUGCCAUCUAUCGCUCCCUCCAUGCCGAACGCAAUGCAACCGGUCAGAUUGUUGGUCGUGGGAUUCCAGCGACGUUCAGGGUCAUCUACAUGAUUGGAUGGGCGCCUGGAGCGGGUCAAAGUGCACCGAGUGCAAGGGGCAGCGCGGAUACCAGUCUGAAGGAUACAUUAGCGAGCAUGAAGGAGCAUUAGACAUACAGAAGCAGUAUAGAAGCUCUGCUAAGCAGACAUACUUCCCAAAAGUCUUCUGUCUUCUGUCCCA